UGCAGAUGUGGCAAAGUCUUGUGCGUCUCCGUCUAAUUCAUCUGCGGUCAAAAAAUGGCUCCAAAAUCCAUCAGAAAGGCGAUAAGUGAUGCGUUUGAUGGUCUGGUGGAUGAGGACCUGGAGAGGUUCUGUUUUCAGCUGCUGGAUCGCAAAGGAAAGCGCGUCCCCGAGAGCUGGGUGAUGGGAAAGAGCCGCGCCCGGAUCACAGCGGUCCUGGUACGAACUUACACCGAGAAAGGCGCGUUAAAGGUGGUUCUGGAGAGUCUGAGAGAGCUGGGGUUCAACCAGAACGCAAAGGAGCUCGUUGAAGCCACGAAACACCUGACGUCAUCCACACCCAACGCCAAACGCAAAAACAAAGCCAGAGGAGCCUCAGGUGCAGCGUCCAGUGAACCUGACAGGGCAGGAGAUGAACACUUCAUCGAUAAGCACCGAAAUGAACUGAUCGAUCGAGUGAGCAAUAUUGAUGGAAUUCUGGAUGAUCUCCUGCAGGCGGGAGUCAUCAAACAGGAAAUGUAUGACAAAAUCAGAGCCAGAUCGACUACUCAGGACAUGAUGAGGGACCUGUACAGUGGUCCGCUGAAAGCUGGUGAAGCCUCCAAAGACAUCCUUUACAACAGCCUCAAGAAAAAUGAGAAAUACCUUAUGAAUGAUCUCAAGAAAAAGUAAGGCCUGUGGUUCAAAGAGGUCGAAAAUGACUGCAGAUGAGUCUACUGAUGAAGAUUUUAGUGGCUGAAAAAUAAUCAGUGUCACUGACCCUGGAGGAAAACAUCAUGGGAGGUUCCCUUAUUAUUAGUGUUUCAACUUCAGAUGUUUUUUUAAAAAUAUUUUUUAAAUGAAUUUUAUAUGAGAUGAGGUGCUAUUUGUCUGAUGUUCUGAUCAGUGAAACUAUUUAAAAUGCAUAAGUUUUAUAUCUUUUACUGUGUAAGCCAUAUGAAAAAGAUCCACCAAGGAUUAAAGCAAUAAAUGAAAUACGUGUCUAA